AAAACAGAAGAAAAUAAAUCGAGAUCUGAAAGGAAACAUGUAAAGCCAAGCAAAUAGAAGCGUAAGCACAAGUUUCCCGUGAGGUCGUGCAAAAAGAAACAGAAGACAGCUUCUAAUCCCAUCUAAAAUCCGGAAGACACCACCUGAUUCACAGAGCUCAAUCUCAUAAAGAAGAAGAUACAAACAAAACCCGAAAAGCUUCUUUAAUCCCCCGAAACCGUCACCACUUUCCAUGACAAUCCCAAACCGAAUGCAGAAACCUCCCGCUUCAUCAGCAAUCUCAGCUCCUUUCUACACCAACCUCCACCUUUCAUCACUCCCUCACUCCAAUUUAAUGCCUUCAAGUCUUCCACUUCAAACCUAUCUCACUUCAAUCUCAAACCCAUUAACACAACCCAACUUUCCUCUGCACAUGUCCUUCUCCAACCUCCAACGCCACUGAUUCAUCAAACCACCCACAACCCAGUUCUUCAAAUCCCCCACCAACCAAAACCCAGUUCUCAGAAUCUUGUUUCAGCCAUGCAGGCGGCAUGGGACACGAGAAUGGCAAUGGACCCCAUGCCCAGGGUCGGCUACUCAAUCGCCGCCGACGAGCUCCUCCGCAACCGGCGGCUCAUGCGGCGGGCGCCGGCCCCAGUACGCGGCACCGGUUGGCUCCUGCGCCGUGUGAUGAGGCUGAAUGAGCAGCCGGUUCGGGCCGGGGAGAUUUCCGGGGAGGAGCUGCAAGUGGGCCACAGCAGCUCCUCCUUGAAGUUGUCUAUAAUUCUGGACUUGCUGUGGAAUCUGUCGUUUGUGGUGGUUGGGAUCACAAUGCUGGGGCUGAGCGCGGCGGAGAAGCCUCCGGUGCCUUUGAGGUUUUGGGCGAGUGGGUAUGUGUUGCUCUCUGCAGUUCAUAUUGGGUGUGUGGUUGUAGGCAAGAGAAGAGAGUUGGGUUUCGGCUCAGAGGGUUGGAGUUCUGGAAGUGAAGGCGAAAGUGAUGAGAGUGAGCAGGCCCGGGCUGAGGAGUAUAGAAGAGAUUUCACAAAGACUGUGAGUACGGCCAAUUCCAUGGCUUCAGUGGUUUGGUGGCUCGCUGGAUUCUACUGGGUGGUUGGUGGCGAAGCUUUAAGUGACGCUCCUCGUCUAUUCUGGCUUUGUGUUGCAUUUCUACUGUGCGAUAUCAUGAUCUUCAUUUUAUGUGUUGCUGCCACAUGUCUUUAUUGUCUCUCGGUCUGCUGUUGUCUGCCGUGCAUACUUGCAAUCUUACCUGCUUUGACAAAUAAGGUUGGGGCUACAGAGGACGAGAUUAAUAGCUUACCCAAGUUCAAAUUCUGCAGGAUUGAUGAUUUUAGGAUGGUUAAUGGUCAGUUCCAAGAAUCAUCUGGAGGAUCUACAACCGAAUUUGAUGCCAGUGCACCAAAUGAGCAUGUUGGUUCCCAGGAUUAUGCUGACUGCUGCAUCUGCCUGGAAGUCUACCAGAAUGGAGAAGAACUGCGCCAACUGCCUUGCCAUCAUCAUUUUCACUGUGCCUGCAUAGAUAAAUGGUUACGCAAGAGAACUACUUGCCCUAUGUGCAAGUUCGACUUCUUGAAGCCUAUAUACGGAGAUGGUAGGACAAUCGUGUGAAACACAUUGAUCAAGUUCAUCUUCACUCUUUAGGGUGCUGAUCAAACCAUCCCUCCGGCUUUCCUUGGUUCAUCUUCGGUGCUGCUAAAGUUUAUCUGCUAUAAUAUCCUAAUGUUGUUUAUUCAGUGUCGAUAUCUAUUAUCUAUGUUUGUGUGUAUAUGUUAAUGUAAUGUAAGCUCGUUGUAAUGCUGAAAAAUAAUAGUAUACUAGACUAAUGAAAAUCACUGUGACUUGGGCUUCUUGGAAA